AUGGGGAGAGCUAAGCUGAGAAAGAAAGUGUUUUUCUUUUUGCAAGAAGCUGGAGGUGGAACGCUCAGUGGACUUGACAGCGAAGAGCUGGCCGGAGGUGAUGGUGGCAAGAGAGAUGGUGACGGAGGAGCCCCGGCCUAUGGUGGGACCCCUAGUCCACUCCAUUGGAGAGAUCAAGGAGGAAAAUUGGAAGAAGCUGGAGGUGGAACGCUCAGUGGACUUGACAGCGAAGAGCUGGCCGGAGGUGAUGGUGGCAAGAGAGAUGGUGACGGAGGAGCCCCGGCCUAUGGUGGGACCCCUAGUCCACUCCAUUGGAGAGAUCAAGGAGGAAAAUUGGAAGGUUGA